AUUCUCAACGCCAUCUACCUGUUCGCAUUCAUUUACGUGUAACUGAUAAUUUUCUAACGCGCGAAUUAUUUAAAAAGGAAAUUUCGAAAUGAAAACAAUGAUCUUCAAAUUUGGUUAUUGUGAGUUACAUCGAGUAGACUGUAUUAGGCUUUAUCGACCAACUUCAUUUUACUUUUUUACGGCGUUAUGACUUUACUUGACUUUAUCGCUUAUAAAAGUUAAAAAACUAUAGAAUUUAGAUUACGUCUUAUUGAUAUUUAACAAUAUGAGUGGAAAAAAAGAUGACCCGAAGAAACAAGAUGAAGAAGAAUUAUUUGAUUUUAUAUAUAAGUAUUUAUUACUUUCCAGGAAAGUAAAAACUGAAGCAUGGGCGAAGUUAUUAGGAAGUGAAGAUCUUAAAGAUAUAAUUCUCAAGUUCUUUAAUAUACCAUCCAACAUGAUUUUAACUAUACAACUUACAUCAGCUGGCGCUCUUCUGCCAUUUCUUGGAAUUGAAUCACCUAGUCGAGUUAAAUCUUCAUAUUUUAUUAAACGAGAACCUAUUAAAAUUACAAAAACUAAUUAUAGAGAAAUGCUUAUUCUUGGUGAUAUGUCACCGAAACCUAUAGAAGAAGCAGCUGUGUUAAUAGAAGAGGUUUACUUACCAAUUUUAACAAAUCCAAUCAAUCAUAAUGGAUGGCCUUUCAUCGCUAAGGAAGAUGUAAAGAAGCAUGUUUAUGAUCUUCGAAGUUUACUUUAUCAGUUGAAAGGAAAAAUGUCUGGUGAAACUAUAUUACCUAUGCCAAUUGACAUAGAAAAAAUUUUUGAAGAAGAAUGGAAAUUGCAACAAAGUGAUGAUGUACAGUUUGAUAUUAAAUUAAGAAGUAAUAUUGAAAGUAUAAUUAUUAAAUGGACUUCACAAAUAAAUGAAAUUCUUGAUGAAGAAAGAAUACUUCUAAGUUCAGAUUAUCUAUUACCUAGUGAUGAAUUGGAUUUUUGGCUUAAAAGAAUUAAAAAUUUAGAAUCUAUCUAUCAACAGAUAAAAGAUCCUCGAGUAAAAAAGAUGGGUUCUGUACUUGAAUUGACUGAAAGUCCAUAUUCUGGACACUUUAAAACUAUUUGGAAAAAUGUUAUUGCUGCUAUAAUUGAGUCACGUGAUAUAUGGAUGCAUUUAAAACCACUUGAAUAUUAUUUAAAUAAAAUACAGAGUACAGAGUUCAAAGAUAUUGAUUCACUAUUAAAGCCAUUAAUGCAUUGUAUUUGUUUAAUAUGGUCAAAUUCCAAAUAUUAUUGUACUACUACACGUAUUAUUCGAUUAUUAUCAAUGGUUUCAAAUUUAUUGAUAGCUGAGGCUGACAGAUAUAUGGAUCAAAGUUCUUUAUUUGAGGGUGAUGCUGAAGAUAAUUUAAAACGGUUGGAACAAACAAAGCAUAUUAUAAAUCAUCAUCAAGAUAUAUUUCAAAUUUUUCGUGAUAAAGUGGAUUCUUAUUUUAAACCUCCUAAUGAGCCAAUUUUAUGGAAUUUUCAUGAUAAAUUAAUAUUUGGAAGAUUGCGUAAAUUUAACCAACGUCUAAAGGAAUUGCAGGUUUUCUUUGAGAUAGUGCAAGAAUAUCUUAAGUUAGAAAGAAUAGAAAUAGCUGGAUUAAAAGGAAGCAUGUUAUAUGCUAUGAUAUUUGAAAUUCAUGAUAAUUUUGUUAAAAUGUAUCGUCAAUUUGCUGAUGUUCAGUAUAACAUCUUCACACCAGAAGAUGUAGGUUUUAAUAACGAUUGGUCUAGAUUUCAAGCAAAUGUAGAAAUAAUGGACAGAAAAUUAGUUAACAUAUUCAACCAAGCAUUCAUGGAAUGUCAUGGUAUAGAAUCUAUGUUUAGAUUCAUAUGGAUAAUGGGAACUAUUGCUAAUCGACCGAUUUUAAUAGAACAAUUAUGGCAUAAUUAUAAUAGAUUGAUAGAAAUAAUAAAUGAUGAAUAUGAUGAAGUUAAGGUCAUAAUAGACAAUUACUUUGGUAUAAAUGCAGAAUCAGAAAACAAUAUUCCAAAUAAGAAAUUACAUCCUGUUUCUGAAGCCUUGUAUUUUUUAAAUAAUAUGAAAAAACAAAUAGAUUAUCCUAUUGAGUCUGCAACAUUAGUAGACCAUCCAUUAAUAGUAUCCAGGAUAAAUCUUGAUAUAAGGGAUAAAUAUGAUGAACUUCAGAAUCUUAUAGAUACUUUAGAGCAUGACAUCUUUACAGAAUGGGUAGAAAAAAUUCCAGAAAAAAGUGAAGAAUAUUUAUUACAAUGUUUAUUAAAAGUCAGUGAUGAAAAUUUAUUAGAAUUAAAUUUUGAUCCUAAUUUGGCUGUAAUGUUGCAAGAAAUUCGAGAUAUAAUCAUACUGAAAAAAUCAGAUUUACCUGACGAAGUUAUUGAUUUACAUAAUAGAAGUAUAUUUUUUUUUGAAACCAUUUGUAAUUUAAAUUUGAUUAUAAAUUGGUAUAACUGGUUGCAAAAAAACACUUCACCUGUUGAAUAUCAGUUGGUAAAGGAUGAUGUAGAAGAAAUAGAAAAAUUGAUAGAAUUUGGUCAAAUAAAUUAUAAUUGGAACUCUAUAGAAAUACCAGAAUACAUAGAACAGUUAUUAAAUCUUACACGAAAAUUAUAUAUUCGAAUAUUUAAAGUUCAAGAAAAUAUAAAUGGUCUGUUAAAAAUAAUUUAUUCUUGGGCAUUGGUACCAAUUCUGGAACGAAAAGAUUUAAAGGAAGAAAAUCUACUUGCAAUUGGAGAACGUGAAGAAAAGUUUGCAAUGAGAUACCAAGAAAUAGAACUUGUUGCAAAAGAAUUAAAUCGUGUUUUGGAAGCAAAUUAUAAACUUUUAUUUGAUUUAAUGCCUCAGUCUAUAUAUGAAGAAGAGGAAGUAGAUCCAGACUUGGAUGAGCAACUAAAAGAUACUGAAGAGAUUUCACCAACUGAAGAAAGGAGAAUUGUUACAGAUGAAACUACAGAUUUAAUAGAAGAUGAAAUCAUUGAAGAUGUAGAAGUUGAACAAUCUGAGAUAGUUGAAUUAGAUAUUGAACUGACAGAAGAAGAAGCUGCAUUACAAGCAGAACUUGAAGCUCAGCGUCAGAUAAAAUGGAAACCAUAUCUUGCAUAUGUGGAUAAUUUAAUAUAUGAGGGUUUGGUUCAAACUGUUUCUACAAGUUUGUGUUAUAUUCUUGAUGAAACUGAUCCUGAAUGCAAUGCUUCACCACUUUUUGAAAUUCAACUAUCUCUGGAAAAUUGCAAUUUGGUAUUUCAACCUUCUAUUAAUAUCGAUGAUCCAAAUGGUUUUUACGCUUUUUAUGAAGAUCUCUUGCUAGAUAUUAUGAAAAUGGCUACUUUAAUUAAACGUGUAGAUCCUGAUAUUGCCGAAGAGCGUGAGCAUUAUGGGAUAGACAUGACAGAAGAAGAAAAUAUUACUUUUAUGCUAGAAGAGACAUCUAAUAGAAUCAAACUAGGUUUAUAUAAGGCAGAAGAAUAUGUCGAAACAUUUAAACCUCUCUCUUGGCUCUGGCUAGAUGAUAAAAAGGAAUAUUUAGAUUUAUUUUUACGCUUUGGACGAAAACUCACAAAAGAAGAAAGAGAUAUGAUCAUUCGAUUAGGUGAUAAUUUACCUGAUACUUUAAAAGAAAGGACACCUAAUUUAGCAGACUACAAAAGAGAAAUAGAUUUUUUCGUGGAUCUUUAUAAUGAAUGCGAUCAAAUUGAAGAUGAUCAUACUUUAUCAUGUUGGCUUAAAAUAGAUUUGAAACCGUUUAAGCAAAAUCUCCUUAAUGUCAUUUGUAAAUGGGCAAAUGUAUUAAAAAAUCAUCUUAUGGAUGGAAUUACAGCAGAUCUGAAAAAUUUAUCAGUAUUUUUAAAUGAAGCUAAUAACAAAUUUUCUCAACCUGUUAAAGAAGAUGAUUAUGAAGAUUUAUUAAAAACUAUAUAUUAUCUUAAGGAAGUCAGAGAUCGGCAAUAUGAAAUUGAUGAUAUGUUUGAACCUAUUAAGGAGACAAUAGAACUACUUAAAGAGUAUCAAGUUAAAUUCGAUGAGAAAACAUUUGAUUGGCUACUUGAGUUACCAGAAUUAUGGACAACAGUGAAGAAACAAGCUGCACAAAUAAAACAAGUUGUUGCACCAUUAAUGUCUCAUCAAAUAAAUUUAUUAAAUAAACGUUUAAAUUAUUAUGAUUUUAAACAACAAAAGUUUCUCUCAGAUUUUCAUCUCAAUGAAAUAUUUAAUUUCGCCUGUACAAAUGUCUAUAAGAAAAUGGAUGAUAUAAAUGUGGAAAUUAUGAAAUUUGAAAACGAAUUGAAUGAUCUUAAAGAAACAGCCGAUAUAUUUGAACACCAUGUAGAAGAAUUUAAACAUAUUGUCCAAGCUAGAAGAGAAUUGAAACUUGUUAAGAUGAUGUGGGAUUAUAUAAAUAUUAUUAGAACGAGCCUAGAUGAAUGGGAAGCAACAAUUUGGAAAAAAAUUGACGUAGAGGGAACAGAUAUAGAGUGUAAAAAAUUUAUUCGUGAACUAAGACAAAUUGAUAAAGAUGCAAGAAAUUGGAAUUUAUAUAUAGAAAUAGAAGGACAAUUGAAAAAUAUGAUGUCAUCAUUAAGGGCUGUAUCAGAAUUAAAAAAUACAGCUAUUAGAGACAGACAUUGGUUACAAUUAAUGGCUGAGACUGGAGUAAAAUUUACUAUGGAUGACAAAACAACAUUAAAAGACUUGUUAAAAUUAGAACUUCAUAAAUAUGAAGAAGAAGUUAAAGAAACUGUAGAUAGGGCAGUAAAAGAAAUGGCAAUGGAAAAAGUAUUGAAAGAAUUACAGACUACAUGGGCCACACUGGAUUUUGGAAAGGAAUUACAUGAAAGAACAAAACUUUAUAUAUUAAAAAUUGAUGAAGAAAUAAUAGAGACACUAGAAGAAAAUCAGGUUCAGUUACAAAAUAUGUUGGGUUCUAAAUACGUAACAUACUUCUUUGAUGAAGUUCUAGAGUGGCAACAUAAACUAAGCAAUGCAGAUGCUGUGAUAACUGCAUGGUUUGAUGUUCAACGUGCAUGGAUGCAUUUGGAAAGUAUUUUUAUAGGUUCAGAAGAUAUUAGAAGUCAGCUACCUGAAGAAUCUAAACUUUUUGAGAAAAUAGACAAAGAUUUUAAAGAACUUUUAAGAGAUAUGUUAAGUACAUUGAAUAUUAUAAGAGCAACUAAUAAGCCUAAAAUUCUUGAACGUUUAGAAGAAUUGGAAAAAGAAUUAAAUAUUUGUGAAAAUGCAUUAUUCAACUAUCUUGAAACAAAAAGACUUGCUUACCCUAGAUUUUAUUUUGUGUCUUCUGCAGAUCUUUUGGACAUACUUAGUAAUAGUAGUAAUCCAGAAUUAGUGUGUAAACAUUUAGCAAAAUUAUAUGAUUCUAUUGCUAAACUUAAAUGGAAAAUGGAUCAUGAAAAAAUUACAAAAAUAGCCAUUGUCAUGGUAGCAAAAGAUGGUGAAGAAAUGACUAUAUAUGGAAAUUGUGAUUGUAGUGGGAAGGUUGAAAUUUGGUUAAAUCAUGUUACGGAUGCAAUGAGAAAAUCUGUAAAACAUCAUAUUCAUCAGGCUGUUAUUUCUUAUGAUGAAAAGCCACGUGAACAGUGGAUUAUGGAUUAUGAAGCACAACCAUCAUUAUGUGGUACACAAAUAUGGUGGACUACUGAAGUAAAUAUGGCAUUUAAUCGAUUAGAAGAAGGAUUUGAAAAUGCUCUAAGAGAUUAUCUGAAGAAACAAAUCACUCAACUUAAUGUUUUAAUUACAAUUUUAUGUGGUGAACUUAAUGAGAACGAUCGACAGAAAAUAAUGACUAUCUGUACAAUAGAUGUGCAUGCACGAGAUGUGGUUGCCAAAUUAAUAUCCAUGAAAGCAGAUAAUGUAUCCAAUUUUCAAUGGCAGUCACAACUAAGACACAGAUGGGAUGAUGUAAAAGACGAUUGUUAUGCAAAUAUUUGUGAUGCUUGUUUUUUAUAUGCAUAUGAAUAUUUGGGCAAUGUACCACGAUUAGUGAUUACACCAUUAACAGAUAGAUGUUACAUAACUUUAACACAAUCUUUACAUUUGAUAAUGGGAGGAGCACCUGCUGGCCCGGCCGGUACUGGGAAAACGGAAACAACUAAAGAUUUAGGACGAGCAUUGGGUCAAAUGGUAUAUGUUUUUAACUGUUCAGAGCAAAUGGAUUAUAAGUCAUGUGGAAACGUGUAUAAAGGACUCUCACAAACUGGUGCAUGGGGUUGUUUUGAUGAAUUUAAUAGGAUUUCUGUAGAAGUUUUAUCUGUGGUAGCAGUACAGGUGAAAUGUGUACUAGAUGCUAUCAAAAGCCGAAAAAUAAAAUUCCUUUUCUUUGGACAAGAAUUAGUUCUUGUAGAUUCUGUUGGAAUGUUUAUAACAAUGAAUCCUGGUUAUGCUGGCAGAACAGAAUUACCUGAAAAUCUAAAAGCACUAUUUCGUCCCUGUGCUAUGGUUGUGCCUGACUUCGAACUUAUAUGUGAAAUUAUGCUGGUAGCAGAAGGAUUUCUAGAUGCCCGUUUAUUAGCAAGAAAAUUCAUAACAUUAUAUAUGUUAUGUCGAGAACUUCUAUCUAAACAAGAUCAUUAUGAUUGGGGUUUAAGAGCUAUUAAAUCUGUUUUGGUUGUAGCAGGUAAAUUAAAACGUGAUGAUCGUUUAAGACCUGAAGACCAAGUAUUAAUGAGAGCAUUAAGAGAUUUUAAUAUACCAAAAAUAGUAACAGAUGAUAUACCUGUUUUUAUGGGAUUAAUAAGUGAUUUAUUCCCAGCAUUAGACGUACCACGAUUAAGAGAUAUGAAUUUUGAAAAAGUAAUAAGAAUAGCUGCAAUAGAUUUAAAAAUGCAACCAGAGGAUGGAUUUAUAUUAAAAGUAGUACAGUUAGAAGAACUCUUCAACGUUCGGCAUUCAGUUUUUAUUGUAGGAUUAGCUGGCACAGGUAAAACGCAAGUGUGGAAAACCUUGAACAGAACCUAUUAUAAUCAGAAGCUGAAACCAUAUUAUAAUGAUUUGAACCCAAAAGCUGUAACUACUGCUGAAUUGUUUGGUAUUAUCAAUCCUGCAACUAGAGAAUGGAAAGACGGAUUAAUAUCUAUAUUAAUGAGAGAACAAGCAAAUAUGCCAAUUGAUGGUCCUAAAUGGAUUGUAUUUGAUGGUGAUAUUGAUCCUAUGUGGAUUGAAUCAUUAAAUACUGUAAUGGAUGAUAAUAAAGUUCUAACAUUAGCAAGUAAUGAAAGAAUUGCAUUAACAAAACAUAUGCGUUUGUUAUUUGAAGUUUCACACUUAAGAACUGCAACACCAGCUACUGUAUCUAGAGCAGGUAUCUUAUAUAUAAAUCCACAAGAUUUGGGUUGGAAUCCAUACGUGAUGAGUUGGACAGAUACAAGAGAUAGUUCAGAACGAGCAAAUUUAAUAAUACUAUUUGAUAAAUAUAUUCCAGUUUCAUUAGAUACAAUAAAGUUUAAGUUUAAGAAGGUCACUCCUUUACCAGACAUAUGUCAUUUGGAAAUGCUUUGUAAUUUGCUCGAUUGUUUCUUGAUAAAAGAAAAUGUACCUCCUGAAUGUCCUAAGGAAUGGUAUGAGCUGUAUUUUGCAUUUGCUUGUGUUUGGGCUUUUGGAUCAUCAAUGUUUGUAGAUCAAUUAAAAGAUUGGCGAGUUGAGUUCAGUAAAUGGUGGCAAAGUGAAUUUAAGACGAUCAGAUUUCCUUCAACUGGUACUGUUUUUAACUAUUUCAUAGAAACAGAGACAAAAAAGUGGCUACCAUGGGAAUCUAGAAUAUUACCAUUUGAAUUGGACGUAGAUAUUCCUAUUCAAGCAUCUCUUGUAUCUACAUCGGAAACUGUAUGUUUACGUUAUUUUAUGGAUAUAUUAAUGAAGAAACGAAUACCUGUUAUGCUAGUUGGAAGUGCUGGAUCUGGAAAAAGUAUUAUUGUUGCUGAAAAGUUAGCAACAUUACCAGACAAUUAUAAUACGGCAAAUGUUCCUCUUAAUUAUUAUACAACAUCUGAAAUGUUACAAAAAAUACUAGAGAAACCCUUGGAAAAGAAGUCAGGACGAAGUUAUGGUCCUUCUGGUACAAAACUUUUAGUUUAUUUUAUAGAUGAUAUGAAUAUGCCAGAAAUAGAUACUUAUGGAACUGUGCAACCACAUACACUCAUUAGACAAUACAUGGAUUAUGGACAUUGGUAUGACAGAGAGAAAUUAAUAUUGAAGGAUAUACUUAAUACCCAAUAUGUUUCUUGUAUGAAUCCAACAGUAGGAAGUUUCACGAUAAAUCCACGUUUGCAAAGACAUUUUGCUGUAUUUGCUGUCAGUUUUCCACAUCAUGAUGCAUUAGUAACUAUAUAUAAACAAAUGCUUGAACAACAUCUAACUAAUCCACAUCAUAAGAUUAAUAUAACAGUUCAAAAAAUGACAGAACCAAUAAUUAAUGCAGCAUUGAGUCUUCACAAUAAAAUAGCAACAACGUUUUUACCAACUGCUAUUAAAUUUCAUUAUAUAUUUAAUUUAAGGGAUCUAUCCAAUAUCUUUCAGGGCAUACUUUAUUCUACUCGUGAUACUAUUCCAAUGCCGAAUCAUCUUGUGAGAUUAUUUGUUCAUGAAUCAACACGAGUAUAUUCAGAUAAAUUAAUAAAUUUUGAAGAUAAAAAGUUAUAUGAACAAUUAUUGAUAGAAAUACUUCGUAAAAAUAUACCCGAACUUGAUGAGACUUUAGUACUUCAAAAGCCUAUAAUAUAUUGUCAUUUUGCUGAAGGAAUUGGAGAAUCUAAAUAUAUGCCAAUCAGAGAUUGGAAUCAUUUAAUUAAAUUACUUGAUGAUGCGUUAUCGAGUUAUAAUGAAUUGAUAUCAGCAAUGAACUUGGUGUUAUUUGAUGAUGCAAUGUAUCAUGUAUGUCGCAUCAAUAGAAUAUUAGAGUCACCAAGGGGAAAUGGGCUCUUGGUUGGUGUAGGAGGUAGUGGAAAACAAUCUUUGUCACGCUUAGCUGCAUUUAUAUCGGCGUUAGAGGUAUUCCAAAUACAACUGAAAAAAGAUUAUUCGAUAACUGAUUUAAAAUCUGAUUUGGCCAGCCUUUAUUUAAAAGCUGGUGUUAAAAGUAUGGGUAUUACUUUUUUGAUGACCGAUUCGCAAGUUGCGCAAGAAAAAUUUCUUGUAGUUAUAAAUGAUAUGUUAGCAUCUGGAGAAAUUUCAGAAUUGUUUCCAGAUGAAGAAGUUGAUAAUAUUGUUAAUGCUGUACGAAAUGAGGUAAAACAAGCAGGUCAAAUUGAUUCUAAAGAGAAUUGUUGGAAAUUUUUCAUAGAACGUGUUCGUAGAUAUUUGAAGUCCUUGCUUUGUUUUUCACCAGUUGGUACAACUUUAAGAAAUAGAGUUAGACAAUUUCCAGCUAUUGUUAAUUGUACAUCAAUUAAUUGGUUUCAAGAUUGGCCUCAAGAAGCAUUAGAAUCUGUUUCUAUUAGAUUUUUGCAGGAACUUGAAGAAUUACCCAAACAAUAUAAAAAAUCUGCUUCUUUAUUUAUGACCUUUGUUCAUAUGAUUGUAAAUGAAACAUCGAAAUUAUAUCUUCAAAAUGAAAAAAGAUAUAAUUAUACAACACCUAAAUCAUUUUUGGAACAAAUAUCUUUAUAUGCUAAAUUGUUGAGAGAGAAAACAUUUGAAAUAGCGAAUAUGAUUACACGACUUCGAAAUGGUUUGGAAAAAUUAGAUAGCUGUGCAGAACAAGUAGAUAAGCUAAAAGUAGUAUUGGCAGUACAAGAAAUAGAUCUGAAAAAGAAAAAUGAAAUAGCUGACCAAAUUUUACGUGAAGUGCAAGCAGAGAACACUAAAGCUGAGGUUGAAAAAGCUUUUGUAUCUGAGGAAGAAGCGAAAGUUGCUGAAAUAAAGGAAACAGUAGCAGAAAGACAAAAACGUUGUGAUGAAGAUUUAGCCAAGGCAGAACCAGCUGUAAAACAAGCAGCAGCAGCAUUAGAUACUUUAAACAAGAGCAAUUUGACAGAGUUGAAGUCUUUUGGUGCACCUCCCGAAGCAGUUAUAAGAGUUGCACAAGCAGUAUUGGUUUUAUUUUCCCCAAGAGGUCAAAUACCAAGAGAUAGAAGUUGGAAAGCAUGUAAAGCAAUGAUGGGCUCUGUAGAUGCAUUUCUUGCAGCAUUGCAUAAUUAUGAUAAAGAAAACAUUCAUCCUGAAGUUGUUAAAGCUAUUCAACCUUAUAUCAAUGAUAGAGAAUUUGAUCCAGACUUUAUUGCUGCGAAAUCUAAAGCAGCUGCAGGUCUAUGUAGUUGGGUAAAAAAUAUAAUGGUUUUUCAUUAUAUCAAUGAAACUGUAAAACCUCUCAGGGCUGCUCUUGCUCAAGCUAAUGCGGAACUCAAAGUUGCAAUGGAUAGAUUAAAUUCUUUAAGAGCUCGUUUGAAUGAACUUCAAAAAGUAUUGGAUAUUCUUGGUGAAAAAAUGGAAACAGCAUUAGCAGAAAAACAAAAAUGUCAGGAUGAAGCAGAUGCAACAACUUUAACUAUAGAUCUUGCAAAUAGAUUGGUAAAUGGUUUAGCUUCAGAAAAGAUACGUUGGACUGAAACUUUGGAAGUAUUGAGAACAUCAGGAAUUACUAUACCUGGCGAUGUAUUACUUGUGACAGCAUUUAUUUCAUAUAUGGGUGGUUUUACAAGAAAAUACAGAUUAGAUUUACUUAAUUUACAUUGGUUGCCUUUCUUUGAUAAGUUAGAAAUCCGUAUUCCACGAACACCUGAUUUAGAUUUAUUAACAUUAGUAACAGAUGAUACUCAAAUCGCUCAAUGGAAUAAUGAAGGAUUACCAGCUGAUUCAAUGUCAUCAGAAAAUGCCACAAUACUUACAAAUUCAACUAGAUGGCCACUAAUGAUUGAUCCACAAUUACAAGGAAUCAAAUGGAUUAAAAAUAAAUACGGCGACGAAUUAAAAGUAUUGCGAUUAACUCAACGGCAUUAUUUAGAUAUAAUUGAAUAUGCUAUUAGUAAUGGACAAGUUGUUUUAUUAGAAAAUAUUAUGGAAGCAGUUGAUGCAGUAUUGGAUCCUAUCCUAGGUCGAGUUUUCAUAAGGAAAGGACGGGCAAUAAAAAUUGGAGAUAAAGAAGUGGAUUAUGAUCCAAAUUUUAGACUUAUCUUGCAAACUAAAUUGGCAAACCCACAUUAUAAACCAGAAAUGCAAGCACAAACAACAAUCAUAAAUUUUACAGUUACAAGAGAUGGCUUAGAAGAACAACUAUUAGGUGAAGUAGUAAAGUUGGAACGACCUGACUUAGAGAGUACAAAAAGUGAACUUACCACUCAACAAAAUACGUUUAAAAUAACAUUGAAAGUAUUAGAAGAUGAUUUGUUACAUAGAUUAUCUUCCGCUGGUCCUGAUAUUUUAAGUGAUAUCACGCUUGUAGUGAAUCUUGAAACAACGAAAAGGACAGCAGCUGAUAUUGAGAUUAAAGCAGCUGAAGCUAAAGAAACUGCCAUCAAGAUAGAUAUGGCACGAGAAUUAUAUCGCCCUGUUGCUGCUAGAGCAAGUCUUUUAUACUUUAUUUUAAAUGAGCUUUAUAAAAUUAAUAUGUUAUAUCAGUUUUCAUUAAAGGCAUUCAGUGUAGUGUUUGGAAAUGCGAUUAAGUUUGCAGAAUUAUCUGACGUUAUUGAAACACGUGUUUCAUAUUUAAUAGAUAGUAUCACAUACUUAGUGUUUGUGUAUACUAGUAGAGGAUUAUUUGAAAGUGACAAGAUUAUAUUCCUUUUUCAAAUGACGAUACAAAUUUUAUUGCAUAUGAAGGAAGUAUCAUCGGUAGAAGUAGAUUUUCUUCUACGAUUUCCUUAUAUUCCCGAUCUUAGUAGUCGCGUAGAUUUUUUGGAUAACGUAGGUUGGGGUGGUAUAGUAUAUUUAAGUGGAAUGGAUGAAUUUCUAAAUUUAGAUCGAGAUAUUGAAGGCGGAUCAAAAAGAUGGAAGAAAAUUGUUGAAUCAGAAAUACCAGAAAAAGAAAGAUUUCCACAGGAAUGGAGACAUAUAACAGCUUUACAAAGAUUAUGCAUGAUCAGAUGUAUGAGAUUGGAUCGUAUGACUUACGCUAUACGUUGCUUUGUAGAAGAAAAAUUGGGCCCACAGUUUGUUCAAUCCAGGGCUUUACCUUUCGAAAAAUCAUAUGAGGAAACGAGUUCAAUAACGCCAGUAUUUUUUAUUCUUUCUCCAGGUGUAGAUCCAUUAAAAGAUGUAGAGAAACUAGGCCAAAAAUUAGGAUUUACAUCAGAUGGUCAAAAUUUCCAUAAUGUAUCAUUAGGUCAAGGGCAAGAACCUAUUGCUGAAGAAGCAAUGACUAUUGCAGCAACUGAAGGACACUGGGUCAUAUUACAGAAUAUCCAUCUUGUACGAAAUUGGUUACCACAAUUAGAAAGAACAAUGGAACAAAUGGCAGAAGAUCCUCAUGAUAAUUAUCGUCUAUAUAUAAGUGCCGAAGCUGGUCCUUCGCCUUCUGAAUCAAUUAUACCCCAAGGUAUACUAGAAUCAGCUAUAAAAAUAACAAAUGAGCCUCCAACAGGAAUGCAUGCUAAUAUACAUAAAGCACUGGAUAAUUUUUCACAAGAAACAUUGGACUCUUCUACUAAAGAAACGGAAUUUAAAGCUAUUUUAUUUGCUUUAUGUUACUAUCAUGCUGUUGUGAAUGAACGUAAAAAAUUCGGAGCACAAGGAUGGAAUAGAUCUUACCCAUUCAGUGUUGGUGAUUUGACCAUUAGUGUCUCGGUAUUAUUGAAUUAUUUGGAAAAUAAUAUAAAGGUACCAUGGGAAGAUCUUAGGUAUUUAUUUGGAGAAAUAAUGUAUGGUGGACAUAUCACUGAUGACUGGGACAGAAGAUUAUGUCAGACAUAUCUUUUGGAAUAUUUACAACCUGAACUUGUUGAAGGAGAGUUGUAUUUAACACCAGGAUUUUUGGUACCACCUAAUAGUGAUUAUAUGGCAUAUCAUCAAUAUAUAGAUGAUUAUUUACCUGCAGAAAGUCCUAUUUUAUACGGGCUUCAUCCAAAUGCUGAAAUAGGAUUUUUAACAAGUACUGCAGAAAAUCUUUUUAGAACUCUUCUAGAAAUGCAACCAAGAGAAGCUGUUGAUACCACAGAAGGUCUUUCAUUGGAAGAUAAAGUUAAAUAUACUAUAGAAGAUUUAACAGAUAGACUUCCUGAAGAAUUUAAUAUACUGGAGUUGAUGAGCAAGGUUGAAGAUCGUACUCCAUUUAUUAUUGUUUCUUUUCAAGAAUGUGAAAGAAUGAAUAUAUUAUGUAAUGAAUUAAAGAGAUCCCUUGGAGAACUAACACUUGGGUUAAAGGGUGAACUUACGAUAAGUCCAGACAUGGAAAACUUACAAAAUAAUAUAUUUAUGAAUAUUGUUCCACCAACAUGGACUAGAUUAGCUUAUCCUUCAAAUCUUAAUUUAAGUGGUUGGUUCACGGAUAUGUUAAAUAGAGUUGGAGAACUUGCUAGUUGGACGGCGGAUUUUAAUCUUCCUUCAUCAGUAUGGCUAGGAGGAUUUUUUAAUCCUCAGUCCUUCCUUACAGCGAUUAUGCAACAAACUGCACGUAAAAAUGAAUGGCCUUUGGAUAAAAUGUGUCUACAUUGUGAAGUAACUACAAAACAAAGGGAUGAAGUUACCGCACCGCCACGAGAAGGUUCCUACAUCAAUAGCUUAUAUAUGGAAGGAGCUCGUUGGGAUAUUGAAACAGGUGUAAUCACAGAUGCACGUUUAAAAGAAUUGUUUCCUUUAAUGCCAGUAGUAUAUAUUAGAGCAAUAACGCAAGAUAAACAAGAUCUUAAAAAUAUGUAUGAAUGUCCAGUUUACAAAACAAGAACUCGUGGUCCAACUUACGUUUGGACGUUCAAUUUAAGAACCCGGGAUAAAGCUAAUAAGUGGGUUCUUGCUGGAGUCGCAAUUGUACUUCAAAUUUGAACGUAUUUCCUCAUUACUUAAAGAGUUUCAAGUGUAAAUAGAAAGGCUUUAAUAUAAAAAAUUCACUUUAUAUAACA